CUGUCAUUUCUCUUUGCCACCUACCACCACUAUCAACACCGACGCAAUGUCCAUCGUUACGAUAAGAAACGUCGAAUUCAUCAACAAUCCAGCUCGAUUUUCCGACGUGUAUCGCUUUCGGGUUACCUUUGAGUGUAUAGCACCUCUGAAAGACGACCUCGAAUGGAAGCUCAUUUACGUGUCGUCUCCCGGCAACGAAGAGCUGGACCAAGAACUUGACGAUUGUCUCGUUGGACCUGUGCCAUCCGGCGUCAACUCAUUCGAAUUCGAAGGCUCUCCUCCGGAUCCCUCAAAAAUACCCUUAGAAGAUGUUCUUGGAGUGGCAGCUCUAAUCCUGACGGGUUCUUACAAGGACCAAGAGUUUGUUCGGGUGGGAUAUUACCAGAACACGGAGUAUGACAACGAAGAGAUGAAAGAGACACCCCCAUCAAAAGUCAUGUUCGAGCGGUUGGUGAGAGAUAUCAGUCUCAAGCCCCGUGUUACGCGAUUUCAGAUAAAAUGGGAUGUUGCACCCCCGCGACAAGAGGGUGUGGCUACUGGUGCUGCCGCAUCUGCUCCUGUCCCUUCUGCCGACGACCUAGAUGGUUCUGGGGAAACACCAGCACCCAACGGUGCUCCUUCGUAGCAUCGAUCAUGCCAAUCAUUUGUACUUCGAGUCGUAGAGGGUGUAAGUUGUGUGCUUCGAGUUGCUGUAUAUCCCCUUCCUGGUCCUGCUGUAGCAUAUUUGAAGAUUGGUAUCGACAUUGUUUCUCUUCAGUGACCGCCUUGGGUCUACGAGAGGUCUUCAUCAUGACGCUGAAUGUGCCUGAAGUUUUCUCUCCCGCGUUUGAUACGCUUAAAGCCUCUUAAUUGCCUAGGGCGACAGUCGAUUGACAUUUUCUAGGUAGG